CUCGUCCUCUCCAAUUUGGAGUCAACAUCAAACCCCACUUUUCCUUCUACGACUUUCCAUCUUCUCUCUCUUCUCCUUGAGCAAUUGGCUAGCGUGCAAAAGUCAACGGAGAAGCAUAUCUUUAUCUUGAUGCCUUCCGUUCAAAUCAGAACUACCGCCAAUCUUUUCCGCACUGCUGUGACUCGUUCGUCUUUCUUACAAAGCGGCUACAACCGGUCCUUGUCUAGAUAUAGUCAGAGACAGACCCUUGCUUCUCCGUCUCUCACCUUUAAACCAGCCGUCUCACAAAACAGAUUCACCAUCUUUACGCGCACCAUGGCUUCAUCUGCGGCAGCUAAGCGUCUGGAGGGCAAGACUGUCCUUAUUACUGGAGCCUCGUCUGGAAUCGGACGGUCGACGGCUCUCGAGUUUGCGCGGACCAACCCCAAUGGCAACUUGCGACUCAUUGUGACGGCUCGCCGUGCGGAGUCGCUGGAGGAACUUGCUGCUGAGAUUCACAAGGAGACUAACAAUGGAGUCAAGGUGUUGCCUGUGAAGCUUGAUGUGAGCAAGGCGGAUGAGAUCCGGGGCUUUGUGAACAGUUUGCCGGAGGAGUGGAGGGAUAUCCACGUCCUGGUCAACAAUGCCGGACUUGUUAAGGGUGUGGCCAAAGCACCUGAAAUUGAUGAGGAGGACAUGAACAUUGUCUUCACGACAAACGUCACUGGUCUCAUCAACAUGACACAGGCCAUUCUGCCAAUUUUCCAGAAACGACCAAACGGUGGCCAGGGAGAUAUUAUCAACAUUGGUUCCAUUGCCGGCCGUGAGCCGUACCCCGGAGGCGGAAUCUACUGUGCCAGCAAAGCUGCCGUUCGAAGCUUCACGGAUAGCUUGAGAAAGGAGCUUAUCGCCACUCGAAUCAGGGUCAUUGAGAUUGACCCCGGCCAGGUUGAAACGGAAUUUUCCGUUGUUCGUUUCUACGGUGACAAGUCCAAGGCCGAUGCUGUCUAUGCUGGCUGCGACCCCCUCACUCCUGAGGAUAUCGCUGAGGUCAUUGUCUUCGCCGCCACCAGAAAGGAGAAUGUCGUCGUUGCCGAGUCUCUGCUCUACCCCAACCACCAGGCAUCCGCUCUUAUCAUGCAUCGCCGACCAACUUAGACAAAAUGAGUGUAUAGACAGAUGAGCACGUCGAUAUAAGGUAAAAUAUGUGCACAUAGGGUAGAUUUAAAAUAAAUAAAUAAGCAUUUAAACAUUUAGCAAAUAAACUGGA